AUGGCAGGUGCCACUCGUAGCCAUAUGCGCAAUGGUGCAGCCAAGCAGCCGGUCUCACCCACUGACGACGGUGCCGUUGCAGACGUGCCCUUAGAAGGAAACGCCGACUACAACGCUCAUAGCAACGCGUACACACCUUCACGGGAAUUCGAGAGUCUAUCUGCACACGAUGACGUAUCACGCCUGAAUGAGGGCCUCGAACCGCUUCACUUGGUUGGCCAAGAUAAUCCAAGAGAGACGCCUAAUGCGCCUGUUGCUCCAGAAAUCGAUCCGCUCGGCCUCCAUGUGAAAGAGGUCAUCUCAACUAUCAGCCGCCUAGAGGGUCUGGGUUUGCAAAUGCUUAAGAUCCCUUUACCGAAGUGUAUCGUCCUAGGGGAGCAGUCUACGGGAAAGUCGUCGGUGAUUGAAGCGAUAUCAGGCAUCAAAACGCCUCGGUCCACCGAUACUUGCACCAGGUGCCCGCUGUUUAUCAAGCUAGAGCCUUCCGAGGAUACUCGCGCCGGUUGGAGCGCAAACGUCAGUCUGCGCCGUGGUUUUGGCUACGAUGGCAAGAAGGGUAAAGGACAUGAGCGCCGCUUCCCAGGAUGGAUACAACUACCGCAACCUGGCCUUGUACACUUCGCGUCUACAGAAGACCCCCGUCAACUCGAAGAUAUCAUCGCCCGCGCUCAGAUUGCAACUAUAAAUCCUAUGAGGGACUACCAAGAGUUCCUUCGAGCACCCAUCGGCGUGCUUGGCGACUAUCGCAGCUGCGAAUUCAGCCCGAACAUCGUUGUUAUCGCAAUCACUCAUCCGGGUCUUCCUGCACUGAGCUUCUACGACUUGCCAGGCAUAAUUGGUCAGGCAGAAUCCGAGGAGUCGGAGUUCCUAGUUGAGUUUGUUCGCGAUCUAGUCAUGGACUACGUCAGGGAUCCAGAAGCCCUUAUUCUGGUAACCUGCUCGCUAGAGAAUGAUAUAGCAAACUCGACUGCAGGUGGAAUUGCGCGGAAGCUCAAUGCUACGGACCGGUGCAUUGGCGUGCUCACUAAACCAGAUCGCCUGCCAGCAGGAUCUCGCCAUGAAAAGCUUAGGGCAGUUUUCGACCAACAGCGCUUCGCACUAGGACAUGGAUACUUUGUUGUCAAGAACCUGGGUCAGGACGAGAUCAAUCAAGGUCUCACUCACCUACAGGCUCGAUUCCAAGAACAGCAGUUCUUCAGCCAGGGAGAGCCUUGGGCGACAGAGUUCAAAGAUUACAGCCACCGCUUUGGUACUUUGAACCUCCAGAGCUUUCUUUCUGGAAAGCUUGCGGAACAAAUCACCAGGAAACUGCCUGUCAUCGAUCACGAGAUCAACACUCGGCUUUGUCAAGUAGAAACAGAUUUGCUACAGUUCCCGGAGCCUCCGACCCAUAACGCUUCUCGAAUAAUUGCAGAUGUUAUUCUCGACUUUUCUCAAGAAGUACGCAAGGAACUAGACGCUGAGUUUCCAUGCAAGGCAUGGCGCAAUAAUUGGAAAGCACAGCAAAAGGCGUUUUUCGAUGCCUUGGCAAGCAUGAAGCCUACUGUGUCCGUAAGCGGAGACCGAGACACAACCGUCUACAUGGAUGUAUUAGGAGCUCAACCCGGUAACUCAGCUAGCAAAGCUAUCUCUGUUGACGACGAUGAUGAUGAUGAUAACGAGGACUAUGGAGAUAAAGAGGACCGAGACACACCGACGCAUAGCAACCUCGAAACGCCCACCAAGAAGCGAAAGAUUGAUGGAACGGCAGACCCUUCGCCAGUGAAGACACCCAGCCGCCGCGGUCUGCCAAAAUCUUCCGAAGCCAAAUCAGGUGUCCCAAGCCCAGACUUCAGUGACCUCAGGAAGAAGUUCUUUCUUGAUCAAAUCACCCAACACUUGGCAGAAAACUCACAAAGCAAGGUGCCUGGACAGAUCGAGCCGCGUGUGGUCGACAAUCUGAUGCUAGAAACACUCGAGCAUUGGUCACGACCGCUCAACGAUUUCUUCAAUACGCUCGAAGCUCAGAUCUCCGAUCAGGUUAAGGUCUUAUUCCAGAAGCACUUUUCCAGAUACGACGGAUCGGCCUUCUACCGAACCGCCUGGAAGAUCGUUGAAGAGAUGGUGAGCCUGAACUUCACUCAGCAGCGCACGACUAUGACUGAGGAGAGUCUGAACGACGAGAAGGAAGGACCAUAUAUCUUCCACGAUGACAUCUUCGAAUGCGAGAAAGGUGCAGUUCUAGACAACUACCGCCAGGCUCGCUUCAAAUCUCGCUUUCACAGGUACAAGCGCGACAGGUCCCAGCGAACAGGCAAAGUAACUACUGCGCAGGAAGAAGAGAGGCUGAAGAAGGACGCAAGGAUCAUGGAAGUACUCAACCAUGAACCCUACGUAGUAGAGCUCGGAGUCAUCGCCCAGGUCACCACAUACUACAUGCUCGCCGCUCGCCGCUUUCACGACGCUAUCUGCAUGCGUAUUGAGUCCAAAUUCUUCAAGCUAUUGCGUACGCAGCUUCGUGACGAGCUUGAGAAUGGCCUAGGCCUUAAUGAUGGCAGUGAAGGCUAUAAUAACGCAGUUCGUCUCCUUGCCGAAUCUCCCCACCGCUACAAACUCCGGAAAGAGCUCUUCGGACAACGUGACUCUCUCCUCCAAGGUCAGAAGAUACUACGCGAUCUACAGCAGAAGAAGUACAGCGACGAUAAAACCUCAUCCUCCUCCGCUUCCAACGUCGGGUCCGGCACUCGCUACUCAAGCUCUUCUUUAGGCGGCAUGACUACUCCACUGCCUGAAGAGAUGGAUGACGUGGAUGGAACUGACCUUCCGCACCGCUGA